AUGAGCAGAGUGCGAGUCUCUGUUGAGUGGGGCUAUGGGCAGGUGGUUAACCACUGGGCGGCUCUAGACUUCAAACGCCAAGCUCGAUCUGCCACACCGUUGGACUUCGUCCACAUCAAAAGAAGGCGUACUUACUGCGACUUUGGAACGAAGCCUGUCAGUCAGACCAAGUUCUGCUUGCUGCCUCAAUUGCCGGGUACUUUCAAGAAGAAGAACCCCAACAACCUCAACUACGCGUCCCCUUUAACUUCAACUCUCUCUCCAACUCAGAUUGCGUUUCCAAGUUUCGAUUUGGAACGGCUCAAAUAG